CGGAGGCUGCACGAAGUUUUGUUCCUCCCACUUGCUGCUGUUGCUAAAUAGAUAGAAAGCACACUGACACCAAGAAACCAAACUAACUGAGCCUGCCAUCGCCAUGGACAGACCUCUGUUGUGUGUUUGUUUGCUCGUCUUCGUCAUUUUCAAAGAGGGGUCUGGAUUACACAUUCGGAACAAGCUGCUGGGUAAAUGUCUGCAGGUGCACGAGUCAGCUUUUGGAGGGAGGGUGUCACUGGAGGAAUGCAGCCCACAUUCGUCUUUGCAGGAAUGGCGCUGGCUGCAGGAGAGCCAGUCUCUCAGAAGCCACCACACUGGGGAGUGUCUGACUGCACCGAGAGAGGAGUAUGAAGGCGUCCACUUGCAGCCCUGUGUCUUCAGCGCUGGCGUGGGAGUGGCAGCAGUGGAAAUGGACAGAGAGGCAAGCAGCCAGGCAUGGGCUUGCUCCAAGAAAGGCCACCUCACCUUGAUGGGGAAGGGGCUGCACCUCAGUGCUACACACAAAUCCAUUUUGGUUUUCCUUUCAAGGGAACACAAGCAGCAGGGCAGCAGGUGGCGGACACUCAAUAACCAGACAUUGUGCAGUGGUAGAGACAGCAAACAUAACCCACAACAACAUCCCCACCAUCUGGAAGAGUCUUUGGAACCACGGAUUUUUCCAAGUGAUCUGUCUGAUUACCACAGACAAGCUGAAACAUUUGUAGGUGUGAUGGCCACUAAUGUCACGGAACCAUAUUCCAUGAUAAAUACGACUCAUUCAUCCCAUAUAGAUCCCACUAUGAUUUUCUUCAGUAUGGACUAUGGGAUGGGCUGGAAGAUAACCAUGCUGGUGCUAAGCUCGCUUGCUCUGGUCUUGGGUGCUGUGAUUCUUAUCCUCAAUGUUUACUCUAAUAGAAGGAAGAAGGUGGUAUGCGUUUUGAAGUCGUACACUCCAAGGCCAGAGAUGAGUGUUCCUGGGUCACCAGUGCCCAGUGAAAAGGCCCCGCUGACCGAGCAUGCCAUGCAACUCCCACACUCCUCCCCAACUUUACAGCGAGGAGAAAUCCUGAUUGAGUGGAAGGAUGGCACCGUUACUCCACUGUAUGAAGCCUAAAGGUUGUACUGCAGAUCAUAAUGGGUUUAAAAGUGGUUAUGGUUGUGAAAGUGCACUGGUUUCUUCAAGAGAAUGUAUGUUUUCUUCUGAAUGUGUGUCAAGGGAAGUUUAUUGUGAAGAGAAAAACAGAUGUCAAAAUAAGUUUUUCUGAUGUUGGGAACGGCGAUUUGUUGAUUUGGUACUCUAGUUUUGUGAAAGCUCAUGGAUCAGCAUCAGUCUGCUUCUUCUCAGAGGAAGAUAAGUGAAUAUAGAGCUGAAGAGUAGACAAAGUUGAGUAUGAAUGGGUCUAUAGGUUUUCUAAGAUGCUGAAUCUGGACUUCUGAUGUUGGAUGAAAGGACUAUAAAAUUAAUGCUUCAGCAUUCAGCCGUAGUUUGUAGACUUGCUAGAAGUACCAUUCAAUCGCUCAACAAAGCAACCAUAGCUUAAGCCUGUAGUUAGACAAACGCCUAAUAAAACUAAUAUUUGUUUGCCAAGGUCUGGACUGUUAUUAAUAUGAUGAUUCAAGAGGUUUUUUUUAAUGUAGGCCCAGUUUGAUAUUGAACAGUGUUGUGUUCAGUCAGGAGUCUCUUUACAUAUUUUUGCUUAAUUUUAAAGAAUUUAAAGGUUUACAGAUCAUUUUUGACAGUGUCUGUUGUCAAUUUUUUUUUCCAUAACAGCAUCUCAAAACAUGGCUUGGCUCCUGAGACUCACACCAUAUGACAAUAGGUUUAUUGGAUGUUUUAGCAAAAUAUAACUACAUUAGCAUUGCAGCUUUGUUUCGUUGCAAGAAACACAACUGGUAGGAGAUGCUUGGUUAAAGUUCAGUAUCAUUUAGCUUUUGGUCUGUGUCAUAAUAUAGUCGUAAGGAUGUUUCAGAUGAAAAUCUUAACUUAGUUUACGUACAAAGUAAUCAUAGUUGGUAUUUGGUAAGUUUGUAACUGUCAAUUUUUCUGUUCAUUUUACUUUGACACUGAUACUGUGUAACUUUUAAUUAACCAGUAAAUGGUGUUCUGAGAGUGCUUUCACUACUACAACUAAAUUAUAUUACUGAAACAUCCAGAACCAGCUUAGAAAUUGUUUUGUCAACUGUCAGUGACUUUUUACAUUUAUAUGUGGAAUACUGGUGAGAUCACUAUUUUGUGGUGUUAGUUUUCUAACUUAUUUUUGUAACUGUGAACUUGCUAAUAAAUGACAUGCAUACUUGA